AUGACUCCUUUGCCCGAGACCCGAAGCGGUACACCGACCCGCGCAAAGAAGAGAGGACGCAAGGUUGAUCGGUCGCGAAAAGGCUGCCCGGAGUGUCGGGAGCGCAAGAUCAAAUGUGAUGAGACCCGGCCUGAGUGCGCACAAUGCCUGAAAAGUGGGCGUGUUUGUAGACUCAUCGACGGUCUCUUUCGGCAUCACUCAUUCUCUUUUCCGCCCGUUUCGUCUCCCGAGGCUAGAGGAUCGUCUAAAACACAUUCUCUCGGCCUUUCAGGACCUGCAGACCAUUCAGGAUCGCCGUCUCAGCCAAACGAUCUUGGCGGUGACGGUGACGUCAAUGCUGCUAUUGAUAGCCCCGAGUCCCCCAAUUCAUCUAUAGCCGCAUCUCCCCAGCUGAGACAGUCGAUCCCGGUUGCUGGCCUCUUGUCCCAGUCUUCCCCCUCCAACUUCAUCCAUGAGCCCGUGGCAACAACAUCAGCAGGGUCUUUACCCGCAGUAGAGGUGCACACCAGUCCACUAGUUGCUCAGAAUCACCCAACGGUGACAAGUCAUGCACCAUCUCACACAUCUAUCCCGGCGAGUUUGCCGGAGGAAAAUGACCGUGACUGCGCUGAAGUUGGUUUCUUCCUUCGCCACUUCGCAGAAGGUAUCGGGCAGUGGAUCGAGAUUUCUAUCAGCCAGAGAUCUUAUUUCAGUCAAUAUGUCGUCCAGCUCGCGAGUCAAAGCCCGCUAGUGCGAUAUUCUGCAUGCGCCAUCGCUGCCAAGCAAUUGGGCCAGAUGAAGGACUUUACCCGAAUGACAGACAUCACUCCUCGAUCGAGAAUCGUGGCAUCUGCUCUGCUUGAACCUGGCCUUGACUUUUUAUGGUAUGGGGCAAAGUAUUAUGAGAAAGCCAUUUUGCUCAUGGCUAGACAAAUAUCUUCUCAUCCCAGCCCCGUGACUCAUCUUUCUCCUGGCGAGAUAUAUCAAUCUACUGGAAGCGAGCAUUACCCGCUCCAUGACCAUGGCACAACAAUGUCUACGUUUCAGAUCAUCUCAGCUUGCAUUCUCUGCGCAUAUGAAGACCUUAGCGCUACAAUGCGAGCAUGGAGCGGUCACUUGGAUGGCAUAAACAAACUGCUUCGACCUCAAAUCGAUCUUCAGAUCAACUCGGAUAGUUUACACCCGAUGUCCCUAUUGACAAGAGGACUGGACACUUCAUUCUGGUUUUUCGCUCUGAAUGAUAUGUUGAAUAGUCAUGAUUACGCGCUCUGGCAGAAGAUGGGGCUCCCAAUUGGCAGCACUGGUCAUUUGGCUCUGACAUGUAUUGACGAGCCAUACCAAGAGGCUAUCUUUUUCAAAGCUCUCAUUCGACUUUUGUGCAAAUUAGUUACACAGGAUUGUGGCGCGUCUGCUCAAUGGGCUUAUCUUGAUAUGGAGUUCUCCCAGUGGUACCACGUACUACCGACAGAAUUCCUGUCCCCAAUCACCCAAACCCUACCACCAUCACAGUGCGAUCUCCGAGAGCUUCCCCUUGCUGAAACCUGGUAUGGGUCGGAAACUUGCGCAAUUUCGAUGGCCUUCUUUCAUAUGGCAAGGAUUCUGUUACUGGUGAAUCAACCCCAAGAACUGUUCCUUGCCAUGCAAGCUAGCAAGUCGCAUGAUCUGCUUAGCAUCUAUAAUGCAUUGCAGCGUGAUCUCAACCAUCAUGCGAUGGAGAUUAUUGCCAUUGUCCAUGGGAUGCCCAACUCCACAGUACGGAAACACAUGAUCCAGCCGUUGUAUUUCGCUGGAAGAUGUUUUUCGAACUCCAAUGAGAGGCAAAUAGUCGUUGGACUACUGAAGCGAAUUGAAGAAGAGCUUGGUCUGUUUACUGAAUAUCGCAUCAAAGAUCUGUGUGAAGAAUGGGGUGUAUCAUUUGAGGUGUGGCAAAACCUUUGA